AUGCCGCGGAAGAAGGACCUGUUCAUGGCCGAGGACGCGCUGGACUCGAUCGCCACUCCGAGCCCGACCAAGGCGAGGAGGCCGCCACCAAGCUCGCGGCCGCACAACCCUCUGUUUGACACUCCGUUGCCAGGCGUUCAUCCGGGAGCCGGCCUUGCGUCGCAGGAGAACAGCCCUCGAUCGCCCCUCGGCAAGCUCGGCCGUAGGCAGCACAGGUCGGGAAGUCCGGGCCGCAGGUCGACUUCGAGUGGCGGCUUCAAGACCAUGAUGGCCUCGCUGUUUCGGAGAGCCACUACGACGCUCUCGACUCUGACAGAGCCGUCGAGCGGAGGUGGUGGGCGCGGGCGCGGGCGUGGCAUUGCAUCGCCUGGCCGCCGCGCUCGGUCCGCCGCUCACUCGCCUGAGGAUUACGUCGCCCGCAUCCAGUCGACCUCGUCACCAGGCAUUCUCGAGGAGCUUGUCCAAGUUCUCGACUCGAGCCCACCGGCAUGGACGGAGACGUUUGUGCAGAUCGGCGGGAUGGAUGCCAUCCUGGACGCCCUUCAUGCCGACCACGUGCAUCACCGGCGGCAGGAUGGUCUGACGAGGACCAAGCGCAGCUCGGCACUCGCAGCCGUCGCCCGCUCGCAGCAAGGACCAGCCUACCGCGCGGCGGCUAUCCAGGCACUUCUCAAGCUGCUCAACGCACCGUGCGCCAUGCACCACGCGCUCGAGACGCCCGAUUUUGUUGUCCGCAUCCUGGAGUGCGUCCACGACGAUCACGUCCUCAUCCGUACCGACAUCUACAAGCUGCUCUCGGCACUGACCUUGCACUCGCCGACAGGCUACGCUGUCGUCAUCGGGGCGUAUACCGAGCUUGCGCGCAAGACCCGCAAGGCCGAGAGCCGGCGGUUUAUCGACCUGGUCAAGGAGCUGACGCUCGACCCCAACGAGCGCUCGACGCAAUCGACCGAUCAGCUCACCCUCCUCUACGCCGCCAUGUGGCUCAUCAACUGUAUUAUUUCGAGGCCGGACUCAAUUGCGCUUCGCGCCCGCCGUCGCGCCGAGCUUGUCGAGCUCGGUCUCCGGAACGCUGUCGACAACCUCCAUGUCAUUGUCCUCUCGCCACUGCCCGGCAUCGACAUGGAGACUCACAACAUGCUUCGUGCCCAGCUUGACGUCUUCAUCAAGGGCAUGAACGAUGACGACGCCAAAUGUGCGCUCUCGUCGCUGCAGCUUUCUGAUCCCAAGGACGUCGUUUCUCAGACCGUCUCGCUUCUUCCCUCGAUCCGCUCCAAGAAGCUCCUUUUGGAGCUCCUCCAGCGCUUCCUCUACCUCAUGCUCUCGGCUGACGCCAGUGUUGAGAGUGCAGACAGCAUUGACGCUGCCAUUUCCGACUGCAUCGCGGUUGUUGAUGGUCUGAGCCCCAACCCCAACCUGGCGUCACUGGACGUCCUACUCGCCAAGCACCUCGGGACGAGCGACGAAGCCGAGGACGAGGCCGAGAUUGGCGACGCUGCGCCUCAGCUCAGCACCCCGUCGCGGGAGGCUGGUGAGUCGGCCGGUACAGGAAUUCCAGUUGUGCCGCCGGCUGCCGCCCCCCCGCCGCCACCGCCGAUGCCUGGCAUGGCAGCACCGCCGCCGCCGCCUCUGCCGGGGACUCCAAUCGGGGCGCCGCCGCCGCCGCCACCGAUGCCUGGCAGCCUGGGCAUGUUCGACUCGCCGGCACACAUGCCCUCGCCUAUCCGCCCGAAUCGCAAGCUCAAGCGGUUCUUCUGGACCAAAAUCAAGCCAAACGCGCUCGGGCCGACGGUCUUUGCCAAGCUGAGCGAAGUGAGCCCGCCCAAGGUUGACACCUCCAAACUCGAUGCCCUGUUUGAGCUCAAGGACUCGGUGGCCAAGACGUGUACCAAGGCUGAGCCAACCAACGAGGACGAGCCAGCCGAGGCCGAGCCUGUCGAGACCGAGAUCGACGUCGCUGUCCGCGACUUGAUGGCACUCAUGGGCCCGCGAUGCGUGCAGCGGAUGGAGAUCAUGCUCUCUGUCUACGCCUCGUCGGGUCUUGCGCCAGCCGACAUUGUGCGCGCGCUUGUUGAGCUCGAUGACAGCGUGCUUGGUGCUGACCGGGUUGCCCGGCUGGCCAAGCACCUGCCGGAUGCCGAGACCUGGACUCAGGUGGCCUCCGUGCUCGAUGCACUCGAGCCUGCGGCAGUCACCGCCCUUGCGAUGUGCGAUGCUGUCUCACCAGCGGUUGCGCUCAUUGCUGGCUUGCAGUCGAUUCCGCGGCUCCAUGCCCGUCUGCGAGCCUUUGAGAUGCAGCUCUCGUUUGAUGAGGUCAUGGGCGAGAUGGAGCACCAGGUCGGGCUCGCGCUCUCGGCAUGCUCACAGGUUGUGGCAUCUGAUGCGCUCGCCAAGGUUCUGCGCUGCGUCCUCGACGUUGGCAACUACCUCAAUGCUGGCGGGAAGCUGCAGGCGGGAGGCUUCAAGCUCGACGCGCUGCUCAAGCUCGCCGACACCAAGACAACCGACGGGUCGACCACGCUCCUCCACGUAGUCAUCGAGUCGAUCCAGGAGUCGGCACCUGAGCUUCUAGGCCAGCUCCGGACUCAGCUAUUCGACGUUGGCGCGGCGUCCGAGCUCAACCUCGGGCAGAUUGCGGGUAAGCUGGCGUGUCUCCGCGAGUCAGCGCACACCCUUGGCGCCGAGCUCGAGGCGUUGCGAGCGCUGGCAGCUGGCGGUGGACUGGCGGACGCCGACGGGUUUGUGGCGCGCCUAGAGCCGUUCCACCACGUGUCUGCCGAGCGAAUGACGGCACUUGAGUCCACGCUGGCCACUGCCCGCGAUGCCGAGUCCCACAUGUUGCUGUACUUUGGCGAGGGCGCGCGGACCGGCUCUGGUGACAGCUUGGGCACGUCGGCGUCUGCCGGGGCCAACUUUUUGGCGGAUCUCACCGAGUUUGUCGAGCUCGGGGACAAGGCUGCGCGUGACAAUACCCGGGCGGCGGCGCUCAAGAAGCGCGCGGCGGCGCAGCGGGCUGAGUCCAAGCAGCGGCGGCGACGGCGCAAGGCCCGUGGCACGCCGCGCGGCACGCCGCGCAAGGGCGACGAGAACUCGCGGCCACCGACACCAGCAACCCCCCUGUACCCUGCCACGCCAAAGACGCCGAUGACGCCCACUUCGCGGGCGGCCGAUCUCCUCUCGCCCGACGGCUCUCGCUCUCGCCAACGCGCGUGA